AUGUCUACCAUUACAUAUCCAGAUAUUAUACAUAAAAAAGAAGUCCCAGAAAAAUUUAACCCAAAUAGUUAUCGAAUAAUCUCAGAAAAAAUUCCUGAACAUGAAAAUAUUCCAUUUUGGUAUGGUAAUUCUCAUCCCGCGCCACUCUAUACAGAACCAAAUCCUACUCAAUUACCUGCACAAGUCUCAGAACCACGAAAUAAUCCACAUGCUGCACGUAAAGUUGAUAUGGUUUAUACAAAUGCAUCUAGUUUUAAUGCUCCAUUUGGUAUUAUUAAAACUGAUAAUGUUAAAAACGAAGAAGGAAAUUGGUGGGAUUGGUCACCACCAAAAUCUGAAACAUAUGGACCAAGAGUAAAAACUCAAGAUGAAUGGAAAAAAAUUCAAGAAAGUUCAUAUCGAAAUGCAUUUACUACUGCUGGAGAAAUGGGAUCUUAUGCAAAGAAAAAUACACGCUAUUCAAGUAAUCCAUUACAUAUACGUACAGUUGGAGUUGUACCUAUUACUGAUUUAAAACCGGAAAAUCUUCAAAAAAUUAACCAGCAACUUGUCGAAGGAAUCUCAUAUGAACAACAAUAUAAUAGCCGAAGUGACACAAAUUAUCCUGUUCGUGGAAGACGACAUGGAGCAUUUAUUAUUAAAGAACAAAAAUCUGAGGUAAAACCAACACAACAAUCUCAAUUUAUUUCAUCUGGAAAAAAAGAACCAAUCUCAGGUAUGUGGGAUUUACUUCAUCCAAAAGAACAUGUUCGUGGACAAAUACCACAGAAUCCAUAUAAAUAUCGUCGUCCAUUACCACGAAUAGAACAGGCACAAGAUUAUGGUCAAGCUUGGCAAAGUGCACCCUAUGCAAAUGAUUAUCAAUUCGAUUGUCCUAUUUCACAACCACCUGUUGUUAAACAAAUUAGUUUUGAUUAA